AUGGUACCAAGACCCCUUGGCACUAGCGUCUCUUCUUCUCGAGCCAUCUACUCCGUAUUCGCCAUCGUACAAGGCCUUUGGAAGAGCUACAAUGCAGACCCCCACUACCACACCUUCCAAAAGCGAAAGAUCUCUGGAGUGGAGUCGAUAGUCUUCCCAAUCCUCAUCCCGGUCUUGGUCUUGCUUUCUGGACUGUUUGCAGGCCUCACGCUUGGCUACUUGAGCUUGGAUGAGACUCAGUUAAAUGUAUUGAGUAUGAGUGGGACGCCAAAGCAGCGGGAAUACGCCAACAAGAUCAAGCCUGUCCGGAAGAAUGGACAUCUGCUUCUGGUGACGCUUCUUCUAGCCAACAUGAUCACGAAUGAGACGCUGCCGGUGAUAGCAGACCCCGUGCUCGGCGGCGGCGUCCAGAGUGUUGUCGUCAGUACGACGCUGAUUGUAAUAUUCGCUGAAAUCAUUCCUCAAUCUUUAUUUACGCGCUAUGGGUUGUACCUCGGCGCCAAGUUCGCCACAUUGACGAAAUGCUUGAUAUAUGCGCUCGGAAUCAUAUCGUGGCCGACAGCUAAACUUCUUGAGUUUGUCCUUGGAUCACACCACGGAAUUAUCUAUAGGCGUGCAGAGCUGAAGGAGCUCAUCAACAUGCACGCAGAAAUGAUGCAUCAUGGGGGUGACCUAGCAAGUGACACGGUCACUAUCAUUGGGGCAACACUCGAUCUUCAAGAGAAGGUCGUGCGGCAGGCCAUGACACCCAUCGCUGAUGUCUUCAUGUUGUCAAUUGAUGCUAAACUGGAUUACGACACGCUGAAGAAGAUUACUGCCACGGGACACAGUCGCGUACCCGUCUACGAGGAAAUUGCGCUCCCUCCUACUGGUGAUGCCGAGUCUAGCAAAUGGAUUGCAGAGAAGCCUCGUAUGGUCAAGCGAAUCAUUGGUGUAUUUCUUGUCAAACACUGUGUCUUGCUUGAUCCCAAAGAGGCGGUUCCACUUCGCAAGAUGCCGUUGAACAAGAUCCCCAGUGUACCUCAGAACGAAUCCCUCUUGGGCAUCCUCGACAAAUUCCAAGAGGGUCGUUCGCACAUUGCAGUUGUCAGCCGCCAAAGCGUCGAGAAGGCCCGAAGUGUCCAGGAAGCCGCGGACGUUGUAAAGAGGAGUUUGAGGCAGAGGUUAAAGGAAACAGUUGGCAUGACCGACAGCGAUAGCGAUUCGAAUGAAAGCCAGGAGGGCGAAGAGAAGGAGAAGAAGAGCAAACGUUCGCGUCGUAAGAAGGAUGAUAUUGAGUCUGGAGUGUCUACCCUUGGAAGCCGUUCGCCGAAGAAGCCUACCAUGAAUCUAGAGCAAAGUAUGCCAGAUGAUGCUGUCCUUGGUGAAGAAGGCGCGAAAGAGUUUCUUCAAGUUCUAGAUCCUAACAUCAUGCCCCUUGGGAUCAUCACGCUUGAGGAUGUACUUGAAGAACUUAUAGGAGAGGAAAUAUAUGAUGAGUUUGACGCGGAGGGCGCUCACGGCGAACCACUGCGUGCUCCGCUCGAGAUUUCUCCUGCAGGCGAGGACGUGAAACCCAUUGAGACACGACCUGCUGGGCCGCGCCGCUACCGGAAGUUCAAGAUGCAUAGAUCGCGCAGUGCGCCAUCCUCCCCUCGCCCAGCCAAGAUCACCUUGGAAGCGGAAUCGCCCAGCGAUGCGGUUUUGCAGGACCCUAGACGUGCCAAACGUGGUAGUUUCGAUCAACGUCAAGUGCUUUCUGCUUUGGACGUGCCAGAGCGCUCUGCACUAGGCCUCACUACGCCGCAUCGUUCCAAUUCAGCCGCAGUUGCCAGCAUUCUACUCGAUCGUAAACGAAGUGCGGCGGCUACACCUGCUCGCAAGGUUCAGACGGAGCCAGGAUUAAGUGUCAGGAUUGCCGGAGUGAGUUCGAAACCGAGCAGCUUCAAGAGCAGUCCCAUUCCGUCGGUCCUUGAGUUGGGGGACGACCUUCCUAGCGCAGAUCAAACAGAGUCAAAAGCGAAGGCGACAGAUAGCGACGAGGAGUAA